AUGGAGUGCGAGGCCAUACCUGCGGCCUUCAGCACGGAUUCGAGGGGAGGAGGAGGAAGAGACUCGCCGGCGCCUUGGAUGCAGUCCAUCGACAAGUCCCCUGGCAGGAGGGCUGAGACGUUGGGGAUGCCCGUGCAGGCGGAGAUCGUGUUGUUGCUGGGGAAGCGAGUGAGGCACGUGUGCGGGGGGACGUUGAUCGGCGAUCGGCACGUUCUCACGGCUGGGCAUUGUCUCAACUCUUACCCGAGGUCGCUCUAUGCCGUCUUUCUGGGGAAUCUCCAUCGAAUCGUGAGUUUCCUGAAGUUCUUACCCCGCGAUGUCAUGGCAUGGCGGUCCAUCGCGGUCGUCUCGUUACAGAAUUCCUCAGAAGAUGGAGACUUCUACGCGCGUGUGGAAAAGAAACACGUUCAUCCCGACUCGAAAUUGGGAACCUCGACUCAGCUUCCCUUCAAUGACAUAGCCGUUUUGAAAUUGGACAGGAAAGUCCCGCUCGGUGACUCGAUAUCGCCGGCUUGCCUGCCCCGACCUGACGAUCGUCUCGCGGAAGGUGAUACCGUGACUGCCAGUGGAUUCGGAUUCAUCGAAGAGCUACAUCCGAGUAAGAACAAUACCCGCCCAGGUAAAUUCGGAAAUCGACUCGAAGCCAUGCCAGAGAGACUCCAGAUCGGGGAGUUGAAGAUCGUGUCCCCGUCGUCCUGCGCCGCCUUCCACGCCUCGAGGGACCAGAUCCUCUACUCCCAGUACUUGUGUGCCGAAUCGGCGAGCGAGAACGGGACUGCCAUCUGCAACGGGGAUUCUGGUGGACCCCUGACGAGCGUCUUCCGAGAUGGUCGCACGUCAGAUCACCUCUCGAUUGAAAACGUGUCGCAACGCCCGUAUUACUGGGAUGUGGAUCUUUUCAGGUCGUCAUUACGUGUUCGGAGUGGCGAGUUGGUCCUUACAAGUGACGGGGUGCCGGAACGGAGGGAAAUCCGCUUUUACGGACGUCAGUAA